UCUGUCUGUUAGGUGGGAUUCUGCCCUAUUCAUGACUCAUUGAAUAAAGCCAAUAAAAUCUUUAAAAUUUACUCAGCUGAAUUUGGUUUUUUAACAAAGGAACCCUAGGAUGAUGUCGUUAAAUAAGUGUCCUCAUUACAGAGGUGCAUAAUAAUCUUUGGGUAGAAGAUUUGCAACCCCGAACAUUUAUAAGAAAGUCUUUUUUUUUUUUUUUAAUUGAUGAAGCAGGUACCUUUUGGUUAUCUAGAAAUUUCACUGUGGAUUAGUGGAUUUUUCCUUAAUACCAGAUAACUGAGGUGUUAGAGUUUAUUCUAUUCACCAAACCUCAGCUUCUCAGCUGAGAUGGAGUUGAGUGGGGACAACAGCCAGCCUGUCCACAGUGUGAAGACUGGAGUGGCCACUACAGCUGUGCUUGUUACACAGAUGGAAUUGGAGUCAGAAGCAAAGGUAGAUGGAGAGACUGCAUCGGACAGUGAGAGCCGAGCGGAAGCUGCUCCUUUAUCAACCUCUGCAGAUGAUACCCCAGAGGUCCUCAACAGGGCCCUUUCCAACUUGUCUUCAAGAUGGAAGAACUGGUGGGUGAGAGGCAUCCUGACUUUGGCCAUGAUUGCAUUUUUCUUCAUCAUCAUUUACCUGGGACCAAUGGUUUUAAUGAUCAUUGUGAUGUGUGUUCAGAUUAAGUGUUUCCAUGAGAUUAUCACUAUUGGCUACAACGUCUACCACUCCUAUGACCUGCCCUGGUUCAGAACCCUCAGCUGGUACUUUCUCCUGUGUGUAAAUUACUUCUUCUAUGGUGAGACGGUGACCGAUUACUUCUUCACUCUGGUUCAGAGAGAGGAGCCUUUGCGGAUUCUCAGUAAAUACCACCGGUUCAUUUCCUUUACUCUCUACCUAAUAGGAUUCUGCAUGUUUGUACUGAGUCUGGUCAAGAAGCAUUAUCGACUGCAGUUCUACAUGUUUGGUUGGACCCAUGUAACAUUACUGAUUGUUGUAACUCAGUCACAUCUCGUUAUCCACAACCUGUUUGAAGGAAUGAUCUGGUUCAUUGUCCCCAUCUCUUGUGUGAUCUGUAAUGACAUUAUGGCCUAUAUGUUUGGCUUCUUCUUUGGUCGGACCCCACUCAUUAAGCUGUCCCCGAAGAAGACCUGGGAAGGCUUCAUUGGGGGCUUCUUUGCUACUGUGGUGUUUGGCCUUCUGCUGUCCUAUGUGAUGUCCGGGUACAGAUGCUUUGUCUGCCCCGUGGAAUACAACAAUGACACCAACAGCUUCACUGUGGACUGUGAGCCCUCGGACCUCUUUCGUUUGCAGGAGUACAACAUCCCUGAGGUGAUCCAGUCGGUCAUUGGCUUGGUAUGUGCCGCUCACGUUGGGCAAGCUACCCCUGGUUAGGUAGUGACUACAGAGAGAACCCUCUCUCCACCGCUGCCACUCCCUCAAAAAAACCUAGCUUCCUCCCUCCACAAUGCGCGGGCCCCAGGAUAGAGGAGACUUGUUCAAGUCAGGUAAGGGUGAGGGCAGAGGGAGACCUUUCAUCUCACUGAGGUUCCUUUAGACCGGUGGGUCUCAAACUCUGCUCCCCAGGUCCCUGGGGAACCCUGAGAUCCUUGCAGGGGGACUGUGAGGUCACAGUUACUUUCAUCAGAAUACAAUGACAUUAUUUGGCUUUUUUGACUUUGUUGACAUUUGCCGUGAAUGGUGCAAAAGCCGUGGUGGGUAAGCUCGCUGAUGCUCUAGUGUGAGGGAGGGCUGUGGCAGCAAACUGGACUCAGUCAUGGGAUUCUUCAUGCCACGCACUUGCGGUAAGAAUAAGCCAGCUCCUCUCGAGAGUGUCUUUGAUGAAACUGUAACGUGAUUCAUUUUACUAAAUCCUGACCCUUGAAUACAUAUCUGUCUGUACUCUUGUGUACCCAAAUGGAAAGUGUGCCUAGAACAUUUCUGCCAGAUACAGAAGUCCAGUGCUCACCGAAGGGAAAGCGCGUGCGCACCUAUUUGAGUUAGGAGCUGAGCUCGCUGCUUUUUUAUAGGGACGUACUUUUUACUUGAAAAGAACUGACAAACUAUAGUUUUUCAGCCUUCUCUAUUUGACAAACAGUUUUCUUGAAAAGAAACGAAGUGAGCCUGUCACUUCAAGGAAAACACCUGACAGUGAUUGUUACCGAUGAUAGAAUUUGGCUUCCAAGUGAAAAUUAGUAUUUUGGAAAGCGUAUACCUGCCACUGGAGCUUGACAGCUUCCUAAUACUUCAAAGCUUUGUGGAUGAGAGCUGCAGUGAUUUUUUUUGUGUGAUUUUUAUAGUGAUUUUAACAUAUGAUG